CUCACUUUGUGCUCGAGACUCUACAGCGGAGCGCAGAGCUCGCGCGUGUUGCCACAGGGAUCUCAGCUCUGACGGACCUGGCACGAGACAGUUAUUUUGUCUCUCACAGAAAAUAUUUAGUGUCUUUGGCUUGUGAUUUAUCCCGCGGAUGGAUGCAGCCGUCGGGGUGGACAUUUGAGCCCAGCAGGAUCAACCUGUCUUAGGGCAUCAUGAAUUCUCUGGUUCUCCGCAAGUGGAUGAGGAAUAUCUCCCAUGAGAUGCUGCUGCUGCUCCUGCUGCCGCUGGUGCCGGUUUGGUGUUUUCUGCCUCUGACCGGAGCGGCUCCUUCGCUGACGACCGAGCAGCUGGACAUGGGGGUGGACUGGCUGAGUAGAUUUGGCUACCUCCCGCCCCCCGACCCGGUUACCGGCCAGCUGCAGACCAAAGAGGCGUUGACCAAGGCCAUCAAAGCCAUGCAGAAGUUUGGAGGACUGAAGGAAACUGGAGUAUUAGACCAAGCCACGCUAGGUCUAAUGAAAACACCCAGAUGCUCUCUGCCAGAUGUCUCUGAUCCCAACGUGACGGCGGGGCGCAGGAAACGAAGCUUGAAUACACAGAACAAAUGGAAUAAGAGGCACCUGUCGUGGAGAGUGAGAACCUUCCCUAAGGACUCAGCCUUGUUGGGCAGGGACACUGUCCGAGCCCUCAUGUACUAUGCCCUGAAGGUCUGGAGCGAUAUCGCACCUCUGAACUUCCACGAGGUGGCCGGCAGCGACGCAGACAUUCAGAUCGACUUCACUAAAGCAGACCAUAAUGAUGGAUACCCCUUCGAUGGGCCUGGGGGAACAGUGGCACACGCUUUCUUUCCUGGGGAGAGGUUCACAGCGGGUGAUACACACUUUGAUGACGACGAGGCCUGGACCUUUAGAUCACCAGACUCCCAUGGGAUGGAUCUGUUUGCAGUUGCAGUUCAUGAGUUUGGUCAUGCUAUCGGCCUGGUCCAUACCUCAGCUAUGGAAUCCAUCAUGAGGCCAUACUACCAAGGUCCUGUGGGAGACCCGCUGAAAUACGACCUACCCUAUGAGGAUAAAGUCCGUGUCUGGCAGCUCUAUGGUGUCAGAGACUCGGUGUCUCACACGAAUCAGCCAGGCAGCCCGUCUCAAACCCCUGAGCCUCCCGUCCUCCUCGACCUUCCUGAAAACAGAUCCACGCUCCUACUGGCACAAGAUGCUCCAGACAGGUGCACCAGUCACUUUGAUGCUGUAGCCCAAAUACGAGGAGAGGCUUUCUUCUUUAAAGGGAAGUACUUUUGGAGGCUAACAAGGGAAAAACACCUGGUGUCUCUCCGUCCUGCUCACAUUCAUCGCUUCUGGAGGGGCCUUCCUCCCAAUUUGGAUAGCGUGGAUGCUGUUUACGAGAGGCCAGGGGACCACAAAAUAGUAUUUUUCAAAGGUCAAAAGUAUUGGUUAUUCAAAGACAAUAAUGUUGAGGAGGGUUACCCACGUCCAAUUAGUGACUUCGGCCUACCUGUGGAAGCAGUGGAUGCAGCGUUUGUUUGGUUACACAACGACAAAACCUACUUCUUCAAAGAUAACUACUACUGGCGCUAUGACGACCACUUGCGACACAUGGACCUAGGUUUCCCCAAAGAUAGCACGCUUUGGAAGGGGCUGCCACUCCAGCUGGACGAUGCCAUGAGGUGGUCUGAUGGAUCAUCCUAUUUUUUCAAGGGAAAGGAGUACUGGCGAGUGCCGGGCAGCGACAUGGAGGCGGAGGCAGGAUACCCCCGCCUGAUUGCGAAGGACUGGCUGCUCUGCACCGAGAUGCAGUCGGACUCUCCGGACACAGAAGCCAAAAGCACGGAGACAAGGGUCAACGUGCACCGGCACCCAGACCAUGCAGAGAAUGGAUACGAGGUGUGCUCCUGCACCUCUGACACCGCCUCGCCUUUGGGCGUCCACUUACCCCCAUCUCCAGUUUGGCUGCUGCUGCCUUUUUGGACGCUCUUACUGACCUUCUGCAAUGUACUGUUAUGAUGCUGAAGCGCAGGGUAAAGUACUUGUGUUGAGUGCAAGAGAGAGACUAAUUAGCGGAUGCUCUGCAAGAAAGAAAGAAAAAAACUGGAAGAAUUUGAUCAUAUAAAUAUGGUUUAUUUUGUUUGUUUUGUUCUCUUUAUUUCUCUUUUUUUGGGAGUUAUUUAUUUCACAUGCCAUCUUAUGGUCACUUAAAGAGCUUUGCAGUAGCCGUUCUAUGAACAAUUAUCAGUUAAUAUCCACUGAUAGUGACAGUAUUAGAUGUUUCAUAAGCUGAGUUGCACAGAAAUACAAGUUAACUUCGCUUUCCAAAUGGCCUCAUUAAUACUGAGAGGGCUAAGAAGAGGGGAACGUUCAGAUAUAAGUAGUUAUAUCAUUACAGAUUUAAUGGCGACUUACUUUGAGGUAUUCAGUUUUAUGAAUAAGAGCUUGUGGCUCAACCGGCUAGGGUUUGAUAGCAUUCACGUCAACACUGACAGAGAUUUGGAAAUUACAGCUUCUUACUGACAAAACAGCUGAAUCUUUCAUAAAAUGGGAUUUAAAGCAAUUUUAUUUAUCAGAGCACAGUUCUGUAAUGCUGAUACUACAAAUGUUUGCUUAUUGGUGAUUCAUUUAGUUAGUUAAAAUGCAGCUCAAAUCAGAAAGAUAUCACUCAUUCACAAUGCUGAUUAAUGUUCAAAGAUACUGUACCUACGUAUAUCGUCUUUAGGCAUUGGGCAGCUACUGGGAUGGAGGGCUUAAAAAAUUAUGGUUUCAAAACCACUUUUCUAUCAUACUAAUCCUGUAUUAUGAUGGGGUUUUUUUAGAUAUGUGUUUCUGGAGCAAUAUGAGGCAUAGGAUAAUGCAGUGCUGGCCCUCCCCCACUUGUUGCUUGCACUUCUGGUCAGCUAGCUAAAUGAAGGCCUCUACACUUUCCCUUUGGUUUACAAAAAAGAAAAGAAAAAAACAGAUUGGUUAUUUUGAAAUAUUUAGUUAUGCAAAAAUAUUAAACAACCAUGGUUUAAAAACUGCCUAUGGCUACUAUUAUUAGGUCUGUUCAGAUUUUUUUGCAGCGAGCAUCUAUGAAGUCAUUUUCAGUAAAUGUUCAAUGAUCUGCAGGAAAAAUAUCAGUUUGAAUUUUUUUAGCCAAACUGAUAAUAGAUUCUUUGUAUUAAUCUGUUUCACCAGCCAAUUUUAAGACCGUUGGAAUCAUUUUCAAACAACUACAAGACCUAGAAAGCACGCUAAAAAAACCAUUUUGAUCCUACUUCACAACAGGUGCAAAAUCUAUAAAUUCACUUCAUUGUUGAUGGAGCUACAGCAGACUGAUAAGUCCCAAGGUAUUUGUUGUUUUGAUACUACCAGCAGGCUCAACCAACUUAAAUCUGCAUAGGAACACAAACACAGUUCUGCUUUGAAAACAGCACUAAACAUAAAAGUCUUUUGUAAAAUUGUAUUCUGUUAUAUAUGCAAAUUUCCGCAAAAAUAAUCUUAUCACCCUGUAAGUGGUAAAAAAA